AUGAACUUUUCUACGAACCCUCACGAUGACAUGACCAACAACUACUUCCGCGGCCUCCUCCGGAGUCCCCGGGCAUUCCCCCCAUUCGGCUGCUCCCCCGCCUCCAAACGCCCCAUCCCCAGCACCCUCGUCUCCUUGUUCCACGAGCGCAAAGUCCCCAGGGAGCUGUCCGAUCCGGAUCUCACCUCUGACCAGGAGUGCGUCUUGAUCGGCCUCCGCAGCAGCUGUCGCAUCCACUAUGAUCUCGACCUGCCCAAAAGUCUCUGGAUCGACAUCUCCAAAGACCUCUACCGCAUCACAGACCUCUUCUAUCACUGGACAUUAUGUCGCCAGCGUCUCCGCCAGAGCAUCGCCUCCUUCAAGAAACAAAGAAUCUCCCCCCAACCCGGACACAGCCCUAUCCACCACCACCACCACCACCCGCACCAUCAUCCAUUAGACGACGUCACCACCGCCAUGGCGGAGUUCAUGACGGACUGCGACCACCACCUCCAAGCCCAAACAUACCUCAUCCAGCAGCGUCUCGACCCCGAAAGCGACUACUGGGCCACCCCCGGCCCGAGACAACCCACAGACAACCAUCACCAUAAUAUCCACCACGGCCCCCCAACCCCAGACAGCACGGACCGAUCCUUUGCCGCAUCCCCCUCCAUCCCAGCCGCAACGAGACACUGGCUCCGCCGCCCCCAAGACCUCAAAUCUCCCAGCCGACCCCCAAGCCGAAAGCGGCCCCGCCAGGACGACAGCAACAGCGCCCUCGGCCGGCCAGCGCAGCGCGCGCGCCUCGACUCCCCCGAUAGCGACCUCGCAGACGACGAGUCUGACUCUCCGCGCGACGCCCACGACGCCUUUGUGCGCUCGUUUGAGCCUGCGUUUGCCCGCUUCAGGGAUGAUCUUGCUCCGCUGUUCCGGGGCAAACAGCGCCGGACACAGAUGGAAGCGGAGUCGAUUAUGCGGGAGAUGUUUAGGGAUGUGGGGUUGGCGGUGAGUAGGGCUGUGUUACGAUGUCAUGAGAAUCAGUCUUGUUGA